AUGCCCUAUGGUGCCGUCUCCAAGGACGUGUGUCCCACUGCUCUGAGAUCGAAUCCGGUAUAUUUGACGAUUUAUUAUGCGUAUUUGUACACUAUUGUCAUGGCUGCAGGACCAGUUUUUCUGCUUAUUCUGAUUAACUCGGCUAUCGUGGUUUCACUAAAGAGUAAAAAACGGGAGGAACAGAAUGAGGGCGACAUUUUAACGCUUGUCCUUGUCGUCUGUUUGUUCAUCUCGUGCAACGUACUGCCGUUGACAGUGAAUUUUCUGGAGCUGCUGUUUAUGAUCAUGAACGCGUACCUGAUCGACCUCUCAAAUCUGAUGGUGGUGGUGAACUCGUCGUGUAACUUCGUAAUUUACUACUCAUUUGGGUCGAGCUUUCGUCGCACUUUGCACAGUUAUUUGACGCAGUUAACAAAAGGAAGAUCAACCGAGGGGUUGCGACGUGUUCCCAUCCAUUUGUUGCCUCCUCCAACCGAAAUGCUCAUCUGA